UGUGCAGAUUAGGAUUAUUUGCAGAGAGAGAGUAAUGUUUGUCAUCUGUGUGCAGAUCUUUGAAGGAUCCCAGAUAGCGCAGAGUAAAAAGCUCACCUCCUGCUCUCUGUGAACUCUGUUUUCUGGAUGCUUGGAUAACUUAUUCUCUUAUGUUCCUGGCUGCUUUCAUUUGCAUUUUCAUUGGUAAAACAACAACAAAAAGCAAACUUGAUACACAAAGAGAGUGUAGCUUUUAAAAAAACAAAAAUCUGUCCAGCUUUCAGAAAGCAGUCCGUGUGUGCAGACUGUGAACUCAGCAGCCCGGCCAGCCAGCACAGAGACCUCCCGCUAUUGUUUUGGGAGUGUGUGGACUGCAUGACUCAUACACUGAUGUAUUUAUCUGUCUCUGUGCCAGCCAGCGGGCAGCAGCCAAAAAAGAGAGAGGGAGAGAAACAUGUUGCUGACCAUAGGACAAGAUGGAGAACAGCAGCAUGGGACGGGUGUGCAGACAUGUUUCAGAUCCUCUGACUUGCAGUAACGCAGGCGCGCUGGCUGGUUUCAACUGUCAGAGUCGGUUAAAAUCACAUCUUUUUGUUUUUGGCUUUCUUUGAAUUUCUGCCCCUCACGUGUUUCUGUUCAAAUCCAAACACUGCCGAGUAAUGGCUGCACGCCACUGGUCUCCAGGACUGACCAUUGAACCUGCUAAUGGCGACUUUGGCCCUUGAUCUCUUUGCUGGCGGCCCCUCUGUGUGGACUUUAUGGGGACGAGUAAUCUUGGCGUCCGUUGCCUUUGUAGCUCGGUGCAGGACUGGGGGGAGGAAGUAGAGGAUGGAGCAAUCUACAACGUGACGCUGAAGAGAGUCCAGAUUCAGCAGGCGGCCAACAAGGGAGCGAGAUGGCUGGGGGCGGAAGGGGAUCGCCUGCCUCCUGGGCACACGGUGAGCCAGCUGGAGACCUGCAAAAUCCGAAGUAUCCGCGCUGGAACGCUGGAGCGACUGGUGGAGACUUUGCUCACGGCGUUCGGAGACAACGACCUCACCUACACGUCCAUCUUCCUCUCCACCUACAGAGCCUUCGCGUGCACGCAAACCGUACUGCAGCUGCUGCUCGACAAAUAUGGAAGCAUGGAAGAAAACGAGCAAGGCGCUGACAGAUGCCACGGCUCUGAAACCACCGGCGCCAUCAGAAACACCUUGGCUUCGAUCCUGCGUGCCUGGCUCGAUCAGUGUCCCGAAGACUUCCAGGAGCCUCCAGACUACCCCUGUCUCCACAGGGUGAUGGACUACCUGCGCAAGGCUCUGCCAGGCUCAGAGGCUCUCAGAAAGGCAGAGGGUCUGCUGGAACAGCUGCAGGCUCAGGCUGGCAUGGAUGAUGCUGAUGCUGGUUUCCACAGCAACCACUCAUAUAGCCUGGGGGAAGAGGAUGAAGCAGAGAUUGAGGUCCAGGAGGACUUCCUGUCGUUUGACGCCGACCUGGUGGCCGAGCAGCUGACCUACAUGGAUGCGGUGCUGUUUAAAAAGGUCGUACCCCAUCAUUGUCUGGGCUCUGUCUGGUCUCAGAGGGACAAGAAGCACAACAAGCACAGCGCUCCCACCAUCCGUGCCACCAUUACGCAGUUCAAUGCUGUCGCGGCCUGCGUGGUCAACACCGUGCUGAAGCACAGACAGCUCAGGCCUCACGUCAGAGCACGGGUCAUCCAGCGCUGGAUAGACAUCGCGCAGGAGUGCAGAAUACGGAAGAACUUCUCAUCUCUGCGAGCCAUUGUGUCGGCACUUCAGUCCAACCCUCUGUACAGACUGAAGAGAGUGUGGGCCUGCGUGCACAAAGACAGCGUGCAGACAUUCGAGGAGCUCUCCGACAUUUUCUCGGACCAUAACAACUACCUGACCAGCAGAGAGCUACUCAUGAGGGAAGGCACGUCAAAGUUUGCCAGUCUCGAGAGCUGUGCCAAAGAGCACCAGAAACGGACCCACAAGAGGCUCCAGCUGCAGAAGGAAAUGGGAGCGAUGCAGGGAACGAUACCGUACCUGGGGACUUUCCUCACCGACCUGACCAUGCUGGAUACGGCCCUGCCUGACCUAGUGGAGGGUGGUCUGAUCAACUUUGAGAAGAGACGCAGGGAGUUUGAGGUGAUCGCUCAGAUCAAGCUGCUCCAGUCGGCCUGUAACAGCUACUGUCUGACUGCAGACCCAGCUUUCCUGCGCUGGUUUAAGGGACAGCCUCAGCUCAGCGAGGAGGAAAGCUAUGCCUUAUCUUGUGAGAUUGAAGGUCUCGGUGACGGCAGUCCGACUUUAACCAAACCUCGAAAAAGCAUGGUGAAGAGGCUCAGCUUGCUUUUUCUUGGAACAGACAGCAAUUCGGCCAGUUCUCCAAUCAGAGAGACGCCACGCUCGCCCCCUACUGGCAGCUCCGGAGAGAGCAUGGACUCGGUCAGCGUGUCCUCCAGUGACUCCGGCAGUCCGUCGGACAGCGAGGGACUCGCCACCCCGACUCACACCUCCGACUCCCAGCAAAACAAGCUAUCAGAAUCAUCCUCCUGCACUUCACUCCACUCUAUGGACACAAACUCCUCCACAGCCAGCGUCUCCGUGAUUCCUACGUCUCCCUCCUUCCCCGGGCCUUCCUGUAUGCACCGACGCUCCAUCUCCCUCACACCCCUGUCUUCCCCUAGUCAGACUCUCGCCUAUAACACCCAGGCCCAGGACGCCUGCAUCAUAAGAGUCAGUCUGGAACACGGCAACGGGAAUCUGUACAAGAGCAUACUGCUGACCAAUCAGGAUAAGACCCCAGCUGUAAUCGCUAGAGCAAUGGCAAAGCACAACCUGGAGGUGGAGCCGGAGGAAGGAUACGAGCUGGUGCAGGUCAUCUCGGAGGAGAGAGAACUGGUGAUUCCAGACAACGCUAACGUUUUUUACGCCAUGAACACGUCGGCCAACUUUGACUUCCUGCUGCGGGUGCGGGGCUCGGCAGGUCGGCCCGUGCAGCUCCGUAGCCGAUGUAGUUCCACGCUCCCGCGGACCCAGCACCGCUCGAGCCUCUCGCUUAGACCCAGCAAAGUCACGUUGUGACCCUGCCGGUUCACCACUAACCCAGGGCGAGACACGACGGAGGGUGGACAUAUAAAUGGAUGAGGAGCUCUCUGGGAUCCAGGGUGGAACCCUCCGAGCUUUCAGACCUUCCCUCUCAUCCCGAACUGUGCCAUUCCUCGCCCAGCCUUAACGUGAACCUUGGAUGUGGAUUAAACUGCUAAUGCCUGUGACAGAGUGAAACAGUGACCCCAAGUGGCCUGAACUCUUUACUACAACAGAUAUUUUUUGCACAUGUUAUGGGAGCAUCAACCUCCUGACCUCCAACAGUAUUCUGAUAUUGAAUGAACUCCUUUAUGUCUUGUGACGUACGUGUAGCUCAAGCUUUACCUUUCUCCUAAUAGAAGAGUGCUGAAUGCAGAGACAGAAGAUGGAGCAGUGGAAGAAGGAGAAGCCGACUGUUGCCUUUGUUCGUGAAUGAAUGGACCUCUAACAGUAUUCUGAAUGAUAUUAAUAACUGACAGAAGCUGUGAUGCCUUUGGUUUCCCUAGUCAGACAGCUACGUCUGGCUUGUGUGUGUGUGUGUGUGUGUGUGUGUGUGUGUGUGUGUGUGUGUGUGUGUGUGUUCUUCCCCAUAUUGUGAGCUGUGUGACGGAUGCAUCAUUUUGUGCAUUCUGAUUGGUUCCAGUACUUGGUUAUAUCAAGUCCUCUGCAAAUGUUGAAUUGCCUUACCUGCCCAAUGUUUUGGGUGUAAAGAGUAUUUGAGCUUCUUUCUAAUCUAGAGAGACUCUCAGAUCUAAAAAAAAAACAAAAACGAGUUGUACAAGAACAAAAAGGAUAAAGCGGAGUAUCGUACUGAAAUGGAAAGUAUUUGUACCUCUUUGCCCUUCAUUAUAUGAAUUAUAGAGUUGCACUUGACAGUUGGUAGCAGAUGCCAAUGGGAUGUGAAUAUGGGAGAGUGUGCAAACUGCCACGUUAAGUAGUUUGCUCCCUCUUCACUAAAUGAGUUUCUUUUUUGUAAUUUUGUUGCUUUUUCGAUGCUUUUGUAACACAGUUCAGGCCACACAUGUAUACCAGACUGGAGCAUUGCUAACAUACAUGCUAAUUGUGUCAGAGUGUCAUAAAUCUGGCGGGAUACUUCAUUUCAUUUAACGGCGUAAACGCCCAUCUGUUCGUCUGUUUGAACACAUGUCAGAAGCCUUCACACUUUCACUCCACCGCAGAUAAAAACCGAACGUCACGUGAAAAUGUUCUCAUUAAUUCAGCCUCGGUGUUUGUUCUCCACUGCCAAAGACUCUGAAUAAAUAAAUUAUUAUCACUAUUCUGA